UAUCUUAAAUGUUCUGGCAAUGUUUAAAGUGUUUGAGAUGACCGACUUCUGCAUUCGCUGAAGUACGCUCCGUGCUCUCGCUCCAAGUAGCUUCCUCACCGACUUCUCUAGGUGUUUAGAGUAACCCCCUAGUACGUCAAUUAUUACGUUGUACUGUUCAACCCUGUAACCAUUGUAUCUCUGCUUCAGCUCCCACAUCAUGGGCCCAUACUUGAGUGUCUUUUCCUCAUCUUUCUUAGCUCUACUCUCAAUCCAUGGGCAGCUCAUUUCAAUUGUGCAGACUUCUUUCCUCUCGUGGUUGACAAGUCGCGCGUCGAUCCGAUUUGCUCUAACUUCGUUGUGCUCUGCAUAGAUGGGAAUAUCCCAAAACGCCUCACUCGUGGUGUUCUGGUAGGCUGGUUUUGGCAUCACCGGUGAGUACCAUGGUGGAACCUCUUCCAUUAACCCAUGCUCUCGCAGGAGCUCAAAAAACAGAAUCUUCAAAGCUGCAUUAUGCCUGUAUAGGUACUUGGUUUGUGCCAGGGAGGAACAUCCAGCCAGUACAUGUGCAACGCUCUCAGCUACCUUCCCACAUAACCUGCAUAGAACUUCGCCGUCGGUGGAGGUUUGCGUCUUCUCCUUUGUGUAGAGCUUCGUAGGUAACAACUGCUCAUACAGUUCAUACAUGCCCGCGAUGGUAUGUGUAGGGCAUGUAGCCCAACCUUUUAACCAUGCAAAGCAGCUGGCUAUGCUUAGGCUCUCAUCUUCCCAUCUGAUACGGAAUAACUUUCCUUGCCACUUUUUGUCUUUAGCGCUCUCCAAGAACUGCUUCUCUUGAGAUUGCUUCAACAGAUUCCCAGCUCUUGCUGCAGUUACCACCUUUCCAUCUGUUGUAACACACACGGGAUUUAGGGUAUCAAGCUGAAGGGUGAUGUUGAGUUCUUCAGCGUACUUAGCUGCUUCCUUUACGAGCGACUGGUGGCCUGAUGCCAUGGCGUGUUCUUCAAAUUCUCUAACUGCUUCCACAGUCGGGUCCGGGUUCUGAUACAGUUUCAGUAGCGAUUUGAUUUUAGUGAUCUUGUACUCGUGUUCGACUGAUCGCAGGCCUCUACCCCCUUUCUCCCUCGGUAGAUAUAACAAAGAAGUCAGGCUAGCUGGGUACUUGCCACCGUUCUCAACUAUGAUCUUCCGAGCUGCUCUGUCCACAUCUCUUAACUCUGAUAGAGGCCAAUGCUGUGUCCACAUUAGGUACCGCAGGACCGGGAGUGCAUACUGAUUAGAUGCCUGCACACGGUUACAAUCAGACAGGGGGCUGGACCAUAUAAUAGAUAUCCUGCGUAGAUACUCUUUAGCCGCGCAGGCUAGGGCCAGCCGUUCAUCCUGUCGAACGUUCUCUAGCACCCCCAGGAAUUUGUAGUGUUUUCCUUCCCCAAGAGCCGUGAUGGUAGUUGUCUCGUCCAUCCUCAUACCAGACUCGUCUAGCACUUGGGCUCCCCUCUUCACGUGUACCACUGAGCACUUUUUCUGAUUCCAGUGGAGGCCGAUGUCCUGCAUCGCUCCUCUAGUCUCUUUCAGCACUCGAUUCAGCUUGCUCUCGGAGGCAGCAAAAACCUUGAGGUCGUCGAUAUACAGGAGAUCGGUGACUUUGACUCCUAUAGGCUUGGAUAACCGGUAUCCCUCUGUUGCCCGCAGGCGCCACGCUACAGGGUUCAGGCACAGUGUAAACAGUCUAGGACACAAAGCGUCCCCCUGGGGUAGACCCUUCAUGAACCUUAUUUUUCUAGAAGUCUCUCGCCCUUGCCUUGUUGUAGCUACUACUUUAGUAUUCCAGCUCGCACACAACUUGCGUAUAACCUCACCCAGCCAGACGGGAAGCCUGUGUACGUCAGUCAUUGCGCAUAACCAAUCAUGAUCGACGGAGUCGUAGGCUUUACGCACGUCAAUCCAUGCCAUACUUAAAUUCCGUUUGCCUCUGUGACAAUCCAGCAUUACUGCUCUAUCGAUUAGCAAAUUAUCCAUCGUACCGAAACACCCUGAUUUCGCUCCUCUUUGCUGGCCUUCCAUCAGGCCAUAAUGUUCAAGGUGUUGGUCCAUGGGUGCCAGGAGGCAAGAUGUAAACCACUUAUACAUGUUAUUCAGACAAGUAAUAGGUCUUUGAUUUUCACUGAGGAACUCGCCUUCUUUCGGAAUGAGGGAGGUUUUCCCUUCAGAAAACCACUCGGGGUAAUCUUCGUCGCUCUUAGAAACUUCUUUGAAGCUCUCGACCACACCCUCGUGCAGGGUGCUAGCACGUUUCCACCAAAAGUUAGUGAUUUUAUCAGGCCCUGGCGCACUUCGAGAGCCCAUUCGUCGCCUGUCGGUGGUGGUACUUGCUCGUGGAUCGCGAGCUUUACUUCCUGCAACCAGGCCGCGUUGUUAUUCCCAGUCCCCCUCUCUUCCCACAGCUUUCUCCAAAACCCGCUCGCCUCUUCAAUGUUUUCAAACAUUUGCGAAUCAUCUCGAGCACGUUUUCCAGGAUCUUUAUAUCUUGGCCGCUCAUUCUCUGGGUCCUUCUUCAACAUCUCACUCAAAUUCGCAAACACUCUUCCAGGGACCGUGUUAAACUGUUGGUUAAUCACACGCGAGACCUCUUGUUUCUUUUUCCUGUCAAACCCACGUUUUAACUUUCGGAGCUCCGACUUUUUUUUCUCCAUGUAGCUAAUCAAACCUGCAACAGAGAUGGUUUUGCAUUCUUUUUGGAGGUGAGACCUAUUUUUCCUUCCUUUUUUCGUGAUCUUUCUAUUUUCUUUCAACCUUUCGAUUUCCGCUUUUGCGAUUGACAGUUGUUUUCUGAUCUUCGCCGCCUCCUGGUCGUAAAUUCUUUUAAGCUUUUCCUUUCUGUCCUGCGGAUUGUCUCUCUUUAUUGGCCCUUGUUUUUUCCAUCCUUUCAUCAACAAAAACGCGCAAACCACCGAGUAAAGAGCGCAGUUAGCUAACCACAGAAAACCAAACGGGUUCUGCGUUGGUGUUACCUCGUAGCGCUCCAUUAAUAACUUAAUCGCUUGGUUGAUUUCUUCCAAGUCUUUUGUUGAUGGUGUUUCUUUUGUCCUGGUGUCAAUGUCACGUUGUGAAUAGUCUCCAGGGUGGGUGCUAAUUGUUUCCAUUAUCCUGUUUGCUGGCUCUAAAAAGCUACACCUUUCUUGAUCGCCACUGUUAAGCUGUUGUUCUUGGGUCAAGGUUGUAUGCAAAUCCGGAUCUGAGAAAAGAUCACCAUUGUUACGCUGUUGACUUUGGGUCAGGGUUGUAUGCAAAUUCGGUUCUUCUUGAUCAGCAUUUUUUGCUAUUUGGCGUCCGUUGUUUAAGGCCCCUUCUGCGUUAUCUUCACCUCUCUUCGCUUUUAUUCCGCUAGUGAUAGUACUAAUUACGCUGCCUAGGGAUUUUUCAAGUCGAGCGGCUUGGUCUCGUAAAUUCUGCUUUGUAAACCCCAGAUCUUCGUGCCCCAUUUGAUCCCACAGUUCUUUCAAAUUAUUAUUAUUAUUAUUAUUAUUAUUAUUAUUAUUAUUAUUAUUGUUAUUAUUAUUAUUCACUCUUCUCUCUAUGCCGAUGUUAAUGGUUUUCUGAACCCUUCAAUAAUAACUGGUGAAAAUUAUCGUCCAGAUCUUCUUUUCCUAAUUCAGUCCAAGUGCCUAUAUGUUCUAGAAUUAACGGUCGGUUUCGAGUCUAACCUUAAUAACAAUGCAAUGCGUAAAAAAGGAAAAUACCUUGAACUUAAUCAAAGAAAUGAGCAGAAAUUACAGAUGUGUGAAAUUUGUAAACCUCUCCAUAAGCUCCCUUGGCGUUUUCUCCGACGAAUGUUCCACGUUCUUAGACAUGAUGAAUGACAUUGGCAUUGAAAAAAAGCAGCAAUAUUAUAUAUUAAUCAAAACAUUGAUAAAUAUAGCCAUUAGAGCAACAUAUUACAUCUUUUGUUCUAGAAAUAGGAGUUGGGAUAGCCCAGAGUUAAUGAAAUUUUGAUUUUUGAAUAAUUCAAUCUCAAGCAGCCAAUUGUAAAUUCCUAUACGUAGCCACAUUUACAAUUGUACAUUUAAAACGGCAAAUAAAGUUUCCAUUAUUAGUACCAUUAUUAUCAUUAUUAUUUCGAACAAUGAUGCUCCAUCAUUUGAUCAAUAAACCACUUUAAUUUAUACUUUGUUCCUUUUGUUUCUAUCAUUUCAGACACCAGGCGAUGGCCUCUACACCUCUCUUACGUCGUGCGACUCAGCAAACAAUGGCAGAGGAGCCAGCAAUGACUCACCCAUAUAUGUCAAUCAAGUGCCUUCUUCUGAAUACGUGAAUGGGUGAUUUCUGGCACUGCAAAUCUGGCCUGCUUAGAUGGCUUGAUUAGCGGGUGGUGCUGUUGUCUUUUUUUGGCAGCGUAGCAGCGAGAAGAUUGGGAGCAAGUCAACUACCUAUUAAUCAUAUAUCAAUUAUAAAUUGAAAAGUUUGUUGUCCAAGAUAUGAGUUUUUAUUUUAUAAGAAAAAUAAUAUUAGUCGAUCAUUCAGCAAUUUUUUGUUGAUUCCAUUUAUUUGAAACAGUUGUAGAUUGUUGAAUGGUAAAACUAUACUUCUGAUUUAAUAUUGUUUAAGUAAACUUUCUAGCAGAGUCGGUGGAGCUGAGGAGUAAACAAAAAUUUGGAUUUUAUUAUUCGGAAUUGAUAAUGAAUUAUUACAUACAACACUAAGUGAAUGCUGAUUAUGAAGAAAUUGUAACAUUAGAAAUAUCCUUGUCAUUCGCGUCCUAAUAUUUAGCACUUGAACUGAUGACUUUCAUUGUUACGCCAUCACAAAUAAUAAUGAAAACCGUUCUGAAUAGAUGAGGUCCAGAAUCUGGGCAAGGGGGUUAAUAUGCAAAGACCCUUGCAAAGAUUCAUGUCCACUGUACUUAGAAAUGGAUAGACCUUUAAUUAUCUCGUUUCAUUUUUAUAUCUAAUCAAGAUCAAUAAGAAUUUAAUUAAAUAUUCACUUGCUUGAUAUUUUCUUUUUACAUAAGUUAUCAUCGAAUA